UUGGGAGCUGAAAUCUUGGAUGUUAGGGAUCGGGUACCUGUCGGGCUUGGUGACGGCGUUGAGCCGCUUGAAGUCGCCGCACGGGCGCCAGGUACCGUCGGACUUCGGGACGAGGUGGAGCGGCGAUGCCCACGGGCUGUUGGAGCGGCGUACGAUGCCCUGUUCCUCCAUCCUGUCGAACUCCUGUUUGACGAUGGCCAACUUGUCCGGCGGCAAGCGGCGGGGGCGGGCGAACACGGGGGGCCCCGUGGUCUCGAUGGUGCACUCGAUAGAGUGCUUAGGCGGCGCCUUGUAGUCGCUCUUCGUGAUAGCUGGGAACUGGCCGAGGAUGGAGGCCCACUCGGUGUUGGUUUUGAUGCUGUUCACGAAGGCGGCUUUUGCUUGGUGGAAACCUCGGAGGGUGUAGAGGCCGUCUCGUUGACGUAG